AUGGUUUUCCAUUGUGGCAGCUACGGUGACGUGAUUAAAUUGAUCGUUGAGGAGGUCGUGCAAAAGCUGAAGACAAAAUAUAGAUUCGUGACUGAACAUUUAGUUGGAAUUGAUGAUCGAGUUGCAGCACUAACUGAACUGUUAGACAUCGGCUCUAACAAUGUGCGGCUCAUUGGAAUUCAUGGCAUGGGGGGUAUCGGUAAAACAACUCUAGCCAAAAUCGUGGAAAAUGCGUUUUGGAUGCACGAUCAACUAAGAGAUCUUGGAAGGGAAAUCAUUUGUCGAGAAAAUCCAAUAAGUCCUGGAGAGCGAAGUAGGAUAUGGAUUGACAAGGAGGUCGUCAUUGCAAUGAAGACAAAGGAGGUGAAGAAGAACGUUCAAGCACUGAAUGUUGACCUAUACAAAAGUGAUCUUAAGACUAUUAGAAGUGAAGAGAUUGAGAGGUUUGAACAUUUAAGGUACCUCAAAUUAAAUUGGGGAACCUUCCAUGGUAACUUAGCGAAUAGUCUUACCAAUUUAAGAUGGAUUUUCUGGAGUAAUCCUCCUCAUCGGUUGUUUUUUAAGCCAACCAAUAUGUGCUUAAAUAAUGUGGUAGUUAUUGAAUUUUCAGACAAUGCGUUCAUAGAUAAUUCGAAACUACAAAGCUUAAUCAAGAUGGCAGGGAAAUUGAAAGUUCUUUCUCUUAAAAGGUGUCAUGGCAUAAACAAAACGCCGGACUUCUCCGGAUGCCCAAAUUUAGAGAGGCUUAAUUUCGAAAGAUGUUCCAAUUUAAGGAAACUUGAUGGCUCUAUUGGGAUGUUCAAGUCUUUGAUUGACCUGAAGAUUAGAGCUUGCCGUUCUCUUGGAAAUUUGCCCAAUGAAAUCGGGAACCUAGUGAAUCUGAAGCACUUCUCGGUCGAGGAGUGUCCAGUGAAGAACCUACCGGAUUCCAUAUGGAAGUUGAAAUCAUUAUGUGAGUUGCACUUUGACAAUGACUAUAUUACAGCACAUUACGCAAAUUCUUGGGAGUUACCUAGUGCUAUAAUGCUUCAGAAGAACCUAGAAGUGCUUCGAAUCCGUAGUCCCAAUUUAAAAGGUGGACUUCCUUCGGCAAUUGGAAAUUUGUCCUUUCUAAGAGUCCUAUGCUUGUUAUGCACUUGCAUAAGUGAACUUCCAAAGACAGUUAGAAUGCUUUCUCGCCCGCAAACGCUCGAGUUACUGAAUUGUGAUGAGAUUCAAGAGCUGCCGACGCUUCCUCCAAGUUUAAACAAUCUACGAGUGUCAUCCGAAUCAUUGCAAGUAGUCCCAGCACCUCUCGAAUCGACUAAUUUGGUUCUGUUGGACCUUGAUGAUGGCUCUAGUUGGAAACAGGAAGGUAAAAUUUGCAAUGGUGAUUUAGUGGGAAUGGGGAAGUUAUCCAAACUGAACAAGUUGAAAUUGGAACUUCUCAAUGUCCCCGCUUCGGCUGAGUUGGCUUCCCUUUCUCAGUUAAAGGAACUUUGUUUGUCUAGUUUGGACUUGCGAACACCGGUGCAGCUUCCAUCGUCUCUAUUAAAGUUACAGGUGGCUAAGUUCAAUUCAGCCGUGUCACUCUCAUCCAGAUUAGAAAACUUGUCAAGUUUAGAGCUCACAUCGUCCCAAGUGCAAGAAAUUCAACUCAGCGGUCUUCAACUUCACAAUUUAACGGAGCUGAUUCUGAGAGGCGGUGAUUGUGAAACCUUGGAGAGACUCAAGCUAUCAAACUUGAUGAAGCUCAAAACCGUCGACGUGGCAUAUUGUGCAAAGCUUGUUGAGAUCCAAUUUGUUGGGGCGUUUGAAUCAUUGGAGUUAUUAAGUAUCAAGAAGUGUGAGUCCUUUGGAGGGUUAGGGUACGCGGGUGAAGCAGAGUCUGCUGAUGAGUUGACUAUGGAGGAAGGGAGACUAAUUCUUCCGUCAAUGGUAUUAUGUAAGUUGCGAUGGUUCCGUCUUGAUCAUUGCCCUAAGAUACUCCAAAUUCAAGUACUCGGUACAUCGAAUUGUGGAAAGAAUUUUUUCGUAAUGGAUUGUCGUCUCUUGCAAAGUGUUCGGGGUUUAUCAAACUUAAAGAAGCUUAAGCAGUUAUACAUCCGGGACUACGAUGGUCUACAGGUUGUCGAGGGCCUUGACGAGUUAGAGGUACAUUGA